GCGCAUGCGCACAGCUCCAUAUGGCUCCAAGAUGGCUGACACAGCGUCCGGUGGUUCCGGCACGAGGUCGGGCAGCAAGCAUGCGACCACGCCGGCGGAUAACUACUACCUGGCUCGGAGGAGGACUCUGCAAGUGGUGGUCAGCUCCUUGCUGACCGAAGCCGGCUUCGAGAGCGCUGAAAAGGCCGCGGUGGAGACGCUGACGGAGAUGUUACAAAGCUAUAUUUCUGAAAUUGGAAGGAGCGCAAAGUCCUACUGUGAACAUACAGCCAGAACACAGCCUACGCUCUCUGAUAUAGUGGUUACUCUGGUGGAAAUGGGGUUCAAUGUUGAAACGCUUCCUGCAUAUGCCAAGCGCUCCCAGAGGAUGGUCAUCACUGCCCCUCCUGUGACAAAUCAGCCAGUGACUCCCAAAGCCCUGACAGCUGGACAGAACAAGCCACAUCCGUCCCACAUUCCUGGCCAUUUCCCUGAGUUUCCAGAUCCUCACACUUACAUCAAGACACCAACAUACCGGGAGCCAGUAUCUGAUUAUCAAGUCCUACGGGAAAAGGCAGCAUCUCAACGGCGCGAUGUAGAAAGAGCUCUCACACGUUUCAUGGCUAAGACAGGAGAAACGCAGAGUCUCUUCAAAGAUGAUGUUAGCACAUUCCCAUUGAUUGCUGCCAGGCCUUUCACUGUACCCUACCUGACAGCUCUUCUCCCCUCUGAGCUGGAAAUGCAGCAAAUGGAAGAAACAGAUUCAUCAGAGCAAGACGACCAGACAGACACCGAGAACCUCCCCCUGCACAUGAGCACGGAUGAUUCAGGACCUGAAAAGGAGAACGCUUCAGUGUUACAGCAGAACACCUCCCUGUCAGGCAGUCGAAACGGGGAAGAAAAUGUGAUAGACAAUCCCUACCUCCGGCCAGUGAAGAAGCCCAAGAUCCGCAGAAAGAAGUGAGGUGUAGCCAGCUGGCUGCUCAGAGGAAGAGAAACCCGAGGGGUUCACCUCCGCUGCUGUGGGUGAGAGGCAUGGAGCAAGACAGGAGAGGCAAUCCAGCUGAGUGGCAGAAGAAGAAGAAUGAUCUCUCUCUGCCUAGUGAACUACACUCUCAUCCUGGUUUGCAAUACUCCCUGUUUCCCCUCUGCUCUCCUGCUGACUUGGAACGGUCAAUGGUCAAUUGCCUUAAAAGCGUUGAAGGCCACCAGGUUACAGAUGGGAAUUGUCUCGUUUGCUUUGGUUUGUUCUCACUGUCAGCAGGAUUUACUCUCUGAAGAGAUGGGGGACACGAAGGUUCUUGCUGCUCAGUGCUUCCCAGCAGGCUGUGCAGAAUAGAAAGGCAUAAUUUGCUUGUGGCUGUCUGGCAGGCUAGAAAAGGAACUUCUGCAAUCAACCCUGCCUGGCCUUAUAAUCUAAGAAGCAUGUAUUAACAGAGACAGAAAAAUCCCAGAGAGGUUUCUUUCUUUGGAUUCUUGGCAGGUAAAAGCAAACAGACUUUUCUUUUAUAAACUAAAGGCAUCUGAUGUGUUGGUAAGAGAGUGAAGUGUAAAUACAGAGCUAAGAUGGCAUUUUAUUCUCACUUUUCUGACUGCAGCUGCACUUCUAACUUAAAAGCGCUAAGUGUGGUGUUUACCCUGUACUGCUUUGAGAUUAUUUUCUAGCAGUAUGAAUGGCAAGAUUUAACAGCUGCUUCAGGCUAUUUUUCAGUUCUAUUGUUAGUUUCAACACAGCACAACUCCUUUGAGAGUUUACACCUUCACCAGCUGUUUUGAAAGAUGCUGUGCUGAAAAACGUGGAAUAUGGAAUAAAGCUGUAUUGAUUGCAGUCCGCAAGGCCAUGC